AUGAAUCUAGAAAAGAAUGAUGAUUUAAGUACGAAAUCAUCGAGUAGACGACAACAACAACAACAAAGACUUGAAACGAUUGAUCAACAUAGUGAUGAUGAAUUUCAAGAUGAUGAAUCAUCUGAUGAAGAUGGUGAUGACAGUCAACAAGUAGGAUACUUUGAUACAAAGGAUGAUUUUACAGAGGAAGAAAGAAAUGAACUGUUAUAUGACGAUAAAGAAGAUGAUUUGAAUCAACAAUGGGUUGAUAAGAAUCUUAAAUCUACAAAUAAAACAGAUGCCUAUUUAAGUUGUCCAGCAUGUUUUACAUUGUUGUGUGUUGAUUGUCAGAGACAUGAUUUAUACAAGAAUCAAUACCGUGCAAUGUUUGUCAAGAAUUGUACUAUUGAUUAUCAAUCUAAAUUGGUCUAUAAAGAAGAGAAAAAGAAACAUCCAAAGAAAUCAAAAGGAAAAGGAAAUGGAAAUGGAAAAGAACCAACAUCGAUAGCAACGACAGACGAUCAUGAUAAUGAUGAUCAACAGAUAGAAGAAGAUUAUUAUUCAGUUGAAUGUUCAAAUUGUACUACCAAAGUUGCUGUUUAUGAUAAAGAUGAAAUAUAUCAUUUCUUUAAUGUAUUUCCUUCAAAUUCAUAA